AUGUCUGCCUACUCAACCAGUUCGAGAGACGCUUCGCGGGACCGUGCUGAGUCUCGAAUGGUGAAGCACCAACACUCAUUUUCGGAGUCUGGUAGGAGCUCCGUGCCCAUGUGGGACAGUUCAGACCCUGAUAGAGCGCCUCCACCACUUCCGCUGAAUCCUGGUGUACCAGGCAGCCCAGUGACCAGAUCUAACACCUCUAAACGCAUUGAGGAAGCCGCCGCUCUCAUCACGGCCAGAGCACGAGAGAAUGCGCCCAGCGCGUACACAACCAAUCCUCCACCGCUUUCACCCGACCGUAACAUCAUGCGAGCACACAAUCGGCGAACGCAAAAUAUACAAAGUCCUGGUGGAAUCAGACUGAGCGACUCCCUGGAACGACGAUCUCCCGACAAAGGCCUCCGAACCGCUAAGUUCGUGGACUUCGAAGACUUCCGUAGCAGUCGGUCCUCCGAACGUGGCCCAGUGCGACCGAGAUCAGAAACUCCGACACCCGCCGAUAGGAAUGGAUCAAGGUCCAAAGAGGUUGAAAACACGCCACCUGCGUCAAAUAUAUUGGCUCUGCAGACAAUCAGGAACAAGCAAGAUGCGGCGCCUCUGGGAGAUAUCACCAAUGGAGCAUCUCCACCAGUCCAACCAUCUUUCUCAUUCGAUGUCCUCUCUUCUCAGAUACUGAGCCUGACCAACUUAAUUGCGAGCGUCCAGAAGGAGAUGGCAAGCCUGAAUAAGAGAAGCAAGGACAACUACGGUGACCUUAUGAGUUUGAAAGAAGCCACUACAGCACGAGAUGAGGACAUCCGUAAUAGUCUGCGUGAACUUGUCACGGGGCUUGAGAACAAGUUCAGCAAGCUUGAUGCUCGACUACUUCCCUCGCCAGAGGUGAAUAGGUCUACGCCAAAUCUGGGACUGUAUCUCGACGAUAAAGCUCAUAACGGCUCUCCACGGCCCAAAAGCUUCGGCUUGCCGCGCCUUGGGAGUCCAACAUCUUUCUCCAUGGCUCUUGAUCGAGACUUGACUGCCUCACCCUCCAUUGCUUGCGUGGAUGGCGCGGCCAGCAUUGCUCUCUUGGAGAAAGUUCUUCGGGAGAUGGCCACUCGUGACGGGCAGGACAAGAUCAUGAACACCCUUGAAGCAGUCAAAACCCAAACACUUGUUCAUUCAAAAUCGAGCCCAUCUGCACCGGUCUCGAUAGACCCUGCCAUGAUGUCGAAACUCGAGGAUAUCCUGCUAUUCAUGAAGGAAAUGAAAGAGGAGUCAGGGUCGAAAGCUCUUGUCCGCUCAGGAGGCAACGAGACUGGCAAAGGGCCUUCAAAUCUGGAGAUCUACCUCGACGGAGAUGCCAGGACAGGAACUCUGGCCAAAUCGAGUUCUGAAUCUGUUAAUGAGGAAGUGAUGAAGAUGCUGAAAAGUGUCAAGCAGUCCAUGGCUCAAGGUGGCGGCCUCACAAAUGAGGUCAAAGUCCUGGUCCGUGAAUUAAGAGGCGAAGUGCUUGGGAUGGGCCGCGAGCUUGGAAGAAAAUUGGAACAGUCUUCCAUCCCAGACAAGGGAAACAGCAGUGAGACUCAUGCAGCUAUGCAAGUUGAAGUUGCAGCGAUUGUCCAGCAAGGUCUUGCAGAACUCAAAGAUCAUAUGCAUCGGAUUGUGCAGGACAACAGGCGCCGUUCUUUGGACAAGUCCCAUCCACCAGUCGACACUCAGGAGAUCAUUCAGGCCGUCCAGGGGGUGCUCUCUCAAAUGCCUCGCCCUCGCGAAGAAGGAGCAAAGGAUCCAGUUGCUGAGAGAGAGGAGUUGCUUGCUGCAAUCAGAGAAGCAUGGGAGGACUGCAAGCCCGAAAUCGCACUCGAGCACUUCGGACUCGAGCGAGAUGAGAUAUUGGAGACUCUCAAGGAGGGUCUUAAGGCAUAUCAACCUCAGCAACAAACUGCCAGGGACACAGGCGCCACCUACGAGGAUGUACUUGAAGCUGUUCGGAAAGGAUUGGCGGAAUUCACGCUCCCUGACCUUGCAAUCCCGGCUAUGAUCUCUCGAGAUGACGUGCUGUCAGCUGUCCAGCAAUGCCUGGAAAGCUUUGAAUGGCCCAACGUCCAUCAUAAGGAGGACACUGGCAAUAGCCUGACACGAGAAGACGUGCAUGAAGCCGUCCGUGAAGGGUUGGCACAACAGGACAAGACUGCCAAAGAGCAUCUCAUCGAUGCAGUAAGGGAGGGUCUUUCACACCAAGAACCUAAUUCCAAGGAAAUUGAGUUCAAUCGUGAAGAUCUCUUUGAUGCCAUCAGGGCUUGCCUCGAAGGCGAACAAAAUCCGCUCGGAGGAAUGGGCGAACGCGUUAUUGAUGCCAUGCACGAGUUCUUGGGCAGCAUGAAGACAGAGUUUCAACAAUACUCCGCUGCGAGCGGGAAGGACACCGAGCAGGUACUCGAUGCUCUCAAGGACGGUCUUGAAGAUCUCAGAGCCGAGAUCGUGAGCUACGUGGAUCGUGCCGCAGACGUCACCGGCAAGGAUGAGAUUAUUGACACUGUCAAGGCUGGCUUUGCUGCCAUGCAAGCCGACAUCGACAAGAACGUUCCCGAUCGCAGUAGUAGCGCUCCCAACACACCCGAGCUUCUAGAUGCCAUGGAGAAGGAGUUUGAACAUCUCCGGGACACAAUCAGCAAGAGCAUGGCGAUGAGCAACGUCCUCUCUGACAAGGAUGAAAUCCUGGAUGCUAUUCGAGACCUAUCCGACGAAAGGCAGUCAUCUCUCAGCAGCAACAGCGAGGAUGUUGUUCGCCUUGUCAAGGAAGAGUUGGAACACAUGAGAACAACUCUGGCAGGUACACUGAUCAAGAGCGGCUCCUCACUAAACCGCGAUGAGGUGCUGGAGGUGAUCCGAGAAGGGCUCGAAUACUCUCGAACGGUGCCCAAAGCGGAUGGCAACGAAAGCAUUCUGUCCAACACCAGUGAGCUGCUCGACGCUUUUCAGGAUGGUGUCGAUGGCAUCAGAGCGGACAUUCAGAAGUUAACCGACCGCCCUGUGGAUCUGAGCACGAGCUAUGAAAUACUGGAUGCAUUGAAGACAGGAAUCGAGGAGGUUCGCGCUGACAUUGCGACCCUUUAUGACAAACAGAGUGAGGGCUCUGAGACAAACACGGCCAGAGGCCAAGAGAUGGUAGUUCAUGAUCAAAAUCGCAUCUCAACCGAGAUAGAAGGAUUGAAAGUCAUGAUCACCCAGUUGAGAAUCAAAGUCGAAGCACUGGACGGAAUGACUGCACCACCUGCGCCCACGGAAGUACGGGUGCACAAAGAUGAUAUGAACGAGAUCUAUGACGCGAUUCAUCAGGUGGAAGAAUCGGUCCACCGGUCUAAGCAAGAUGGCUCUCACGUUCACAAAGAUGACCUGGACGGCUUACACACUGCUAUCAAUCAAGUCAACGACGUGGUUAGUCAAAUUCGUGAUGCCCCUCCGCCAGAAGCCACUAUACCAGAGAAUGCGGCCUCGAAGGAAGACACCGAUGCAAUCGAGACCUUGCUACGCAAUUUGAAAGCCGAGCUGGACGAAGUGCUCUCUCCAGAUGCCGAGGAGCCUCUGGCCAAGUCAACUCAGAUUGGUGCCCUUGAAGUCAUUCUGAAAGACAUCAAAAUGACUGUCGAGGAAACUGCGACCAGAGCCUGCGAAGACUCUAGCAAGGAAGACUUCACCCUGAUCGAGCUUAUGUUGAAGGAUGUUCAGGGCAGCGUCGAAGAUGUCAAGUCGAAGAUCGACAGCAGCCAUUCAGCUGACAAGGCCAUCGAUAAGACUGACUUGCAAGUCGUAGAGACAUUGUGCAUGGAUAUCAAAUGCCAGAUUGAUGCUAUCAAGGUCCCGGAUUCCGAUGUGCUUCCAAGCAAGGAGGACCUUGCAGAUCUGAAAAACGAUCUCAAGGCUUUCCGCGAACAAUUCGAGGCUGACAACGGCCUCACUGCCCAGGCUUUCGAGGCUCGGAAGAUCGAACAUGGUGGACUGGCCACGAAAAUUGAUGAUGUCAAGAACGUGAUUGGCGACCUCCGGGACGAGUUAAUUGGCAAAGUGGAAGGCAGUGCAGAUGGCAUCGUGGAGUUGAACAAGGUGCUUGGGAUGCAUCACGAUGACAUGAGCAAGUAUGCUACUGCUUCCAGCAUUGCAGAAAUGUCAGAAAUGAUCAAGAGUGAGCUCGAGCGGCACAUGGAGCACCAUUCCAGCAGCAAAGCCGAGAUGGAGGAGCGAGACGCAACCCUGUUCACCAAACACGAAGAGACGGGUUCCGAAAUUAAGAUGACCAUCGAGGACAGAUUUAACGAGCUGAUGUCCAAGUACGACGACGCACAGCUCCUGAGUGACGCCAAGCUGAGUGCACUUGAAGACCGUGACAGCGCACACCUCGAAGCUACCAACAGCACAAAAGCUGUAGUGGAUGAUCUCAAGUCCCUCAUGGACACUCUGGGCUUGACGAUCACGGAAAGCUCGGAACGAGUCUCUGAGGAUUCCAAGACCGUCUUCAGCUCGAUUGAAGAGUCCAACCUCAAACUGGACGGCCUUCGUACUGCAAAUGCAUUCGAACACGGUGUGACGCGGGAGGAACUAGCCAAAGCAUUCGUUACAGUUACGAGAUUGGAGAGUUCGGUGGCAGAACAUCAGCCAGCUAUUCUGGCAGCAAUCCGCGAGGUAUUGGGAGUUGUCAGCCAGCACUAUGAGCACUCUCAGCAACAGACGGAGAGCUUCGCACGAGUGACUGAAGAGAUCAAAAUAGGUGUCGACUCCAUCCCGGCGGCCAUUCCACCCUUGCUCCCAGCUCUACCCUCGGCUACUUCCAACCCUCCUGUCGUCCAGGAAGCGUCCGCCCAGAAAGAAUAUAACGAUGAUGAAGUCCAGAAUAAGUUGGACAGUCUGCUUGCUCACGCGACUGAGGCUAAGGAGAUGUUUGUGGGGAUUGAAGACCAGCAUAAAGACACGCAGGCUUCCUUGGCCAACAUGUCCAAGCUUGACGAUAUCCAUCAGCAAGUGGUCUCGACAGCAGCCGAGAUUGCCAGCAUGGUCACCACCCAAGCGAGACUUAUGGCUGAACACCACGAAUCUAAAGCUGCUGAAGCCAUGGAAGCGGCCAUUGCUUUGGAAAAACGGACAGCUCAAAAGGAGAAGGUGGAGGCAGAUAUCGUGGCUCUCAAUGAACAGAAAAAUGCCCUCAUGGACUCCAUGGCAGUGCUAAGGCAAGAACAGGAGGAGCUCAGCGGACAAACCAAGCGGUUGACGCGAGAUGUGGCGAAACUGGAGACUGCAUUGCAGAUACGACAAGAGGAGAUGCAGGAGAUGAAUGCUAGAGCCGAGGUUCUAGAGCGGCGCAUUCUAGAAGGCCUCGUCAACCAAGCGCGAGCAGUGAAAAAGAGCUCGAGACCAACAGGAAGAUCUAAAAUGACACCAGCGGAGAGAGAUGCAUCCAUGAGUCUCAAGAGGGUGCCCAGCACGGCCAGCACAGUGACAGCCAGAACUUCCGUCAAGGGCGGGAACUCGGCGAUUGGCAGCGCUGUGGGUAUAGCGUUGAAAAAGAGAGCGCCAUUUGGAAUGAAUGUCAAGGCGUCCGUAACUCCAAGGACGUCAGCGGUUGAUCGCCGGAUUCUCAGCACCAGUCACGUCACAGGCAAUCGAGGCCGAAACACUCCUGAGAUGGCAAUGAUGCUCGCUCCCGUGCCCAAGUCGACCGGGUUGGUCAGCCUGAAGCGAAGCCAUUCGGUCAAGAGCAACCCUAGCAGCUAUCUCAACGGGCGCAAAGCGAGCUGGAACGGGGUCUCUUCUGACCUGACCGACAAGGAGAAUUUCAACCUUGAGCACGAGGACAGUGAAGAUGAUGGCGAGACUGAUGCAGACACUGAGAGGAGGACCAGCUUCGACACCAGUGUCAUGUACAGUGACAGCAUGACGUAUGGGACAGGAAGCUCCCUGAGCGGGCACAGUAGACGGUCGACAAGCUGCGCCAGUAGUAUUGUGGGGACUGUCAAUGGUCAGUCUGAGAGCAUUGCAGAGGAAGACGAGGACGACGUAGGGGACGCAACAGAAACAGCCCUGGUCCUGCAUGGGACCUCAGCCGACUCUGGGCAGGUCAACGCAGGUCAAGACAAUUCGAUGGCCAUGACCACGCUUGACGGGUUGGAGACACCAGUUGCUAUGGCAGACGAGCUCUCCGACCUCCAGCCUCCGCCUCGCAUGACAGAGCACGGAUUCAAGUACCAUGGGAGCGACAGUGGGCUCGGAAGUGAGCCAUUGACGGCAGGAGCUCGGGAGAGCGCAGGGGAAGCACAGGAAUAUUUCCUCAUGACGGCGCAGGAGAUGCAGAGAUGA